GCCUCGCCCAUUGGACCAGUGGUCCACGCGCGGGUCCACCGGGGAAGCGCGGGGGCGCUGUUGCUGGCGCAGCUGGCACAGCAGCGGCAGCAGCUGCCGUCGAAGUCGACUUUGUUCAAAGUGCAGUUUGUGGAGGCGGCGGAGAAGGAAGAACUCCGGGUGUACAGACAGCUGCUGCCCUUCGACUUGGGCGAAGAAACUUUUCUCAGUUCCCCCGAACCCCUGUGGGAGCUGCGAGCAGUGCUGGCGCUGCUGCUGGAGGCUGAAAACAGGAAAGUGUUUUACGGCGAAGUGCCUACGGGCCCUUUGCUGGGCCGCCGCGCGCUGCUGUCUGUACAGGUGAGUCGUUUUGAAAACUUGCAAGACAUUGCGGAGCUUCUGAUGGAAUUUUACGAGAAAUACAAAUCCCAACUAGCCUUCCACAUUGCCCGCACGAGCCUCAAAGAGGCCGCCAGGGCUGAGGCCCUCUUCAGUACCCCCUGGGGCGGGGCUGUCCUCGAAAACCCCAGGCCCAACCCCUGA